GGAAAAUAUUUUCCAUAUACAGCGCAGCCCUAAUCGGAGGUCACGAGUUCUCUUCAUUCUUAUUAUAAUCACUCAAUUCACCGAACCAGUUUCCUUUCGAUUCCACAAAAAAAGCCCAUUGAGAUAAUCUCUAUCUCGUAUUGAGAAUCUGAUCUCUUUGUUAAAGUCAAAAUUACGAUUAUUUGGCUUGCUUGUUGAAACAGCUUAAAUACUUUUGGCUCCUAACCAAUGGAGAAAGGAACACCUCCUAGCCUUUUUGUUAAUGAUGGCUCCUUCAUGGAGAGGUUUAAACAGCUUCAACAAGGCAAAGACAAGGAAAAGGAGAGGGAGAAAGGCACUACAUUGGUAGAGGAGUCUAAACCCGUCAAGAUUGUAUCAGGGACUUCAACUCCUAAAGUAUCUUUAAGAAAACCCAUUGUGGAUACACAGAAAUCCGGCCCUGCUACAUCAGGUGGCAAACUUGCAUUCAGCUUGAAACAAAAGUCUAAGGUUGUGGCACCUCCUGUUAAGCUUGGUGCAGAUGAGGAUGAAGAUGAGACAGAUGCUGAAAAUGGUUCAGGUGAUGCACCAAUGAAACGGCAGAAGGUGGGGCAACCAGAGGCAUCUGAGCAAUCAUCAAGACAAGCUGCAGUUGCGCCACUUUCCCCAAGUGAUCCUACUGUGAAGAAAGUUGCAGACAAAUUGGCAAGUUUUGUUGCCAAACAUGGAAGGCAAUUUGAGCAUGUAACUCGUCAAAAGAAUCCUGGAGACACACCAUUUAAAUUCCUUUUUGAUGAGAGUUGCACGGACUACAAGUAUUAUGAAUAUCGGCUUGCUGAGGAGGAAAAAACUCUUUCACAGACCAUGGAGACUCAGACGCCUCAAAGCGGUGGCAUGAGCACUGCAGCCUCUAAAUCUACUAAUGUUUCUCAAAGGUCCCUUCAGCAGCAAAAUUAUCAAAUCCCUGCCUCAGCUUUAUAUGAAGCCGCCGAAGAGCCAACAGAUUCUUUGGCUUCAACUCAAGCAGCUUCAUGGGGAGGACCUGGCUGUGGUGAAUCUAGUGGACCACCUAGUGCUGAUCCUAUAGCUAUGAUGGAGUUUUACAUGAAGAAGGCUGCUCAGGAAGAGAAGAGGAGACAGCCUAAACAGUCGAAGGAUGAGAUGCCCCCUCCUCCUUCCCUCCAAGGUGCAGGUCCACCUUCUAAAAGAGGUCAUCACAUGGGUGAUUACAUUCCACUACAAGAGCUUGAGAAGUUCAUGGCUACCUGUAAUGAUGUAGCCGCUCAGAAAGCUGCAAAAGAGGCUGCAGAUAGGGCAAAAAUUCAGGCUGACAACAUUGGGCAUAAGCUUUUGUCCAAAAUGGGUUGGAAAGAAGGUGAGGGUCUGGGGAGCUCCAGAAGUGGAAUUGCAGAUCCAAUCAUGGCAGGUGAUGUAAAGACGAACCAUUUGGGGGUUGGUGCACAUAAUCCAGGGGAGGUGACGCCUGAAGAUGAUAUAUAUGAACAGUACAAGAAGCGAAUGAUGCUUGGUUACCGUUAUAGACCAAAUCCUAUGAACAAUCCCAGAAAAGCAUACUACUGAGCGGCGUGUUAUUUUGUCAUCAACUCAUCAUCUAUUGAAUAUUGCCUCCAAGAAAUAACUAGAUGUUAAAACUACUUGUUAUUUGUGAGAAAAGGAAAAUUAGUUUUGUUGUUUCACGAUAGAACAAACUUGUUUGGUGUUUGUUUUGGUGAAAUUUAAUGCUAACUGAAUUGCUAUAUAUAUGCCAUGACAAGAUUAAUUGUUUGAACAA